CCGGGUCGCGCCCACCGCCCUCCGGCCUCCAUAUAUAGCCACGCGGAUCAGGCUCUCUUCCCCCACACCUCCGAGUCCCUCACCGGCCACUGUCCUCCGCCAUGGCGACCCUUGCGCCAUUGCUCCUCCAUGGGCUCCUCGCCCUCUCCCUGGCGCUCGUCGCGUACGGCAUCCCCGGCGACCACGGCAACCUCACCAGGCAGAGCUUCCCGCCCGGGUUCGUCUUCGGGACGGCGUCGUCGGCGUACCAGGUCGAGGGGAACACGCUCAAGUACGGCAGGGGCCCCUGCAUCUGGGACACCUUCCUCAAGUAUCCAGGUACUACUCCUGAUAACGCCACUGCCAAUGUGACAGUCGACGAGUACAAUCGCUACAUGGACGAUGUGGACAACAUGGUGCGGGUUGGCUUCGACGCGUACCGCUUCUCCAUCUCCUGGUCGCGCAUUUUCCCCAGUGGAAUUGGGAGGAUCAACAAGGAUGGUGUGGAUUAUUACCACAGGCUCAUCAACUACUUGCUCGCGAACCAUAUUACUCCCUAUGUUGUGCUCUACCACUACGACCUUCCUCAGGUGCUGCAAGACCAGUACAACGGCUGGCUGAGCCCCAGAAUUGUGGACGAUUUCACGAGGUUCGCAGAUUUUUGCUUUAAGACAUACGGUGAUCGCGUGAAGAACUGGUUCACCAUCAACGAGCCCAGGAUGAUGGCCUCCCACGGGUACGGCGACGGCUACUUCCCCCCUGCCAGGUGCACCGGCUGCCACUUCGGUGGGAACUCCGCCACCGAGCCGUACAUCGCCGGCCACCACCUCCUCCUGGCGCACGCCUCUGCUGUCAAGCUGUACCGGGAGAAGUACCAGGUCCCGCAGGGUGGAAAGAUCGGCAUCCUGCUCGACUUCGUCUGGUAUGAGCCACUCACAUCCUCCAUCGACGACGAAUACGCGGCGCACCGAGCAAGGAUGUUCACCCUUGGCUGGUUCCUGCACCCGAUCACCUACGGCCAUUACCCGGAGUCGAUGGAGAAGAUCGUGAUGGGGAGGCUGCCCAACUUCACCUUCGAGCAGUCCGCAAUGGUGAAAGGCUCGGCGGAUUACAUCGCCAUCAACCACUACACCACAUACUACGCCAGCAACUUCGUCAACGAGACGCAUACCAGCUACGCCAACGAUUGGCACGUCAAACUUUCAUAUGAGCGGAACGGUGUGCCUAUUGGGAAAAAGGGAUUCUCGGACUGGCUCUACGUGGUACCAUGGGGGCUCUACAAAGCCCUCCUUUGGACAAAGGAGAAGUUCAACAACCCUAUCAUGCUCAUCGGCGAAAACGGAAUCGAUCAAUCUGGAAGUGAUUCUUUGCCGUAUGCGCUGUACGACAACUUCAGGAUAGACUACUUCGAGAAGUACCUUCAUGAGCUCCAGUGCGCGAUACACGAUGGCGCAAAAGUCAUCGGGUACUUCGCUUGGUCACUGCUGGACAACUUUGAGUGGCGGCAAGGGUUCACCUCCAAGUUUGGAAUCGUGUACGUGGACCGAACCACGUUCAUGCGGUACCCCAAGGACUCUGCGCGCUGGUUCCGGAAGAUCAUAAAGAACGAAGAGUGAAGGAAGGAACUGAAUGGUAGCUAGCAUACUGUGCUUCUUCGCGUUCUGUGGGCAUCAGUUUUGGUUCUUACAAAUAAAAUGUGAUGUAGUUCAGACUUCAAAUAAAGAUAGUAGUUCUUUUCCUUUUGGUUUAGAAUUUCGUGUUUCGAGGAUGGUUGUUUACUGAGUUGUAACGGCGUUGG